AAAAUCCAACAAUUGAAUUGAUAUUUUUUCCUCCUCAUUAAAAUUAAAAGAUUUAAUUGCUUAUCGAUUUUCUUGAUUAAAAGGAUUAAUCUUUAUUUAGAAAGUGUGACAAUUAAAUCUUAUAAGUUUUCUAAAUUCUGUUGGAACAAAAAGAGAAACGAGUUGGAGUGAAACAAUCGUUUCCACAUUCAUCUGUUUAUUGGCUUCUUUUUUUUUCUAUUUUUUUCUAUUCUUUUCUUUUCAUUCUCAAGCUAAACUUUUUUUUUCUUCUGUUUAUUAUUCCAUUGAUAUAAUUUAUUACCAUUUAUCGUAUUUAGUUUAUAUAUUUACACUUGUUCACGAUUAUAUCCGAUUGUCUUCAUUACUCUGUCUUGAGAUUGGUGGAUUUACUCUUGUUUUGGAAUCUGUGGUGAAUAUUAUUGUUUUUGUCCCUUCUCUCUUGAAGCUGCUUUUUUUCCCCUUCAUCUUCUGGUCUUGGUCUUGAUCUAUUGUUUGGUCCAGCCAGAAAUCACCAUGGCUUCUUCAACCGAAGACCAAUCUCAAAUGUCUAUUCUUUCCGAUGUAUCCAAUGGAAAAAUGGUUGAAUCCUCUUCAAGCAGUUCAUUAACAAUCAACCAAGAUGGUGACUGUCAGAGUCAAUUAUCACUGAGCACAAGUUCAUGUUCUGAGAUUAAAAUUGCAGAUUCAAGUGAACAAUCAAUCAACAAUCUAGAAACCUCACAACCAACCGUCAGUGGAAAUGGUAAAAUGUUUGCCAUUAAAAUUUUACGUAAACCACCAGUGUCUCGAGUAACAAUUUAUGUCACCCAUGAUUGUGGACCUGAAUGUCUUGGAGAGGAGAAACGACUUAACGAUAUUAAAGGAGUCAAAUUGUCCACUCAUUGUAUAUUAAUUAAUCGAGUUAAUCCUUACUGUGUUCCUAUUUUCCUUGGUUGGAAUAGAUCUAAACAAGAAGGUUGGAUUGUCUAUACAUCUCCAUGUGGUAAACAAUUAAAUUCACUUCGCCAGGUUUACCAAUAUCUCCUAAAAACUGAAUCUGCUCUUUCAAUUGAUCAAUUUUCCUUCCAUAGUCAAUUAAAAUUACACACCAAUCGGGAUAUGUUCAAAGCUUAUACUUAUUUUGCUGAUAUUACCGAGGGUAAAGAAAAUGUUCCAGUUGCAGUUGUAAAUGAAAUUGAUUCUAAUUUACCAGUUGGUUCGUUUGUUUAUAUUUCUGAACGAAUUGCGGGAAAGAAUGUAAAUUUAUCAAGUGAUCCAGAAUUUUUGUCUCACUGUAUUUGCCAAGAUAAAUGUAAAAACAGCGAUGAAUGUAGUUGCCAUGGGCUAUCUCGUGAUGAGGCUUACAUGAUCUCUGGUCUUGAUUCUGUUAAUCAAGCUGGUUACAAGUAUAAAUCAUUGAACAAAAAACUGGCCUCAGCUGUUUUCGAGUGUAAUUCCCAAUGUAAAUGUACAGUUCGCUGUUUAAAUCGUGUCGUACAAAAUGGAAUCAAACAUUGUCUACAAGUAUUUAAAACACCUAAUCGAGGUUGGGGUUUAAGGUGUUUACAUGAUAUUCCUCCGGGAUCGUUUAUUUGCCUCUAUGCUGGUGAGAUAAUUGAUUUUGAUACUGUUAACGAAUCAGAUCGGAUCAAUGAUUAUAUUGCUGCUCUCGAUUAUAUUGAAGAGGGUCGUCGUCCAAAAAGAGACUUUGAUACCGCAUCGGAUGCUGAUUCUGUUCUUGAUUCCGAUUCAUCUUCAUCAGAGGAAUUGUCAAGUUGUGAAGGGAUUUCAAAUUCUUCAAUUAUUGAUGAUUUAAGUGAUAUCGAUGAGACUCCAAUUGAGAAUGAAUCAACACCAUUAGUUGAAGGAGAAGGAGAAAAGGAAAAAGAGAAAGAAAAAGAUGAAGAAGAAGAAGAAAAUAAACCAAAUUGUUCAAAUAACAAUCAAACCAAUGGAAAAGCAAUUGAUCAACAAUCAACAUCAAUGAAACCUGAUGAUUCACCAAAUAGUUGUACAAUUUUACUUAAUGAUUCAAGUAAAAGGUCAAUAGAAACGGAAGAUGAGAUUAGUAUGGAUAUUACAAAACGAUCUAAGAAAGAUGAUGAACCAGUUCCAAUAAUUGAUUUAGAAGAAGAGUUAAUCAAUGAAGUUUUAAAUUCUCAAGCAUUAGAUAAUGAUGAUGUUAUAAUUGAUUUUGAUUCUAUGGAUCAAUCAAGAAUAUCAUCUUCUCGGGAAGGUGAACAUGGAACAACAAUCGAUGGUAGCAAUGAGAAUCAUGAUUCAUAUUCAAAUACAAUUAACGGUAAUGGUCAUUCAGGUGGAAUCUAUGAAAUUGAUGAUAUGGAUGAUGAUAAUCCAGAAUCUGUUCCAGUAAUUUUGCAACAUCUCGAGAUGACCCACAGUUUGUCCAUUGAUGGUGCUCGUUUCGGUAACGUGGGCCGUUUUUUGAAUCAUUCUUGUGAACCUAAUUGUCGAAUUAGAAAUGUUUUCGUCGAAAAUCAUGAUUACCGUUUCCCAAGAUUGGCCUUCUUUUCAAAUCGUCUCAUUCAAGCUUACGAAGAGUUAACUUGGGAUUAUCGUUAUCCACCGGAUAUCCCAUAUUCGGACUCUAAAAUUUGCCUUUGUGGUUCUCGUCUUUGUCGAGGUCGCAUCUAUUGAUCGAAAGCCUAAUUUUGUUCAAAAUUUUCUCUUAAUUCUCUGAAACUUAUCAUCUUUACACCCAAACGCAAUGAUGAUCAACAUUUAUAAUCAUUUUUGCAAAUUCUCUCUCUCUCUCUCUCUCUCUCUAUUUCUCUGUUCAAUUCUCAUCAAAUAGAUCCAAUUGUUUUUUGCUUAUUUAUCAUGUUCAUCAUCUAUACCAAUAAAUCAAAUUAAUUUUCUGUAUAAAAUUAA